CACAGCUAGGCAGACUGCUUUAAUGAAUCACUUCCGGUGCAAACUUUAAUGACUAAAAGGGUCCGUUUGUCGGUACACACAGCUCACACUGAAUUAAUCAGUUGAUGCCGAAGGCAUUUUGCCAUGUUUACUAACUUUUUGUUGUGAUUGCUGUUGCAAUGAGUUUUACAUUAAUUUCUCCAUUUGACAAUGUUUUCAGGUGUUCGACUUUUGCCCUAAUUGAGUCUCGGUAAACGUGGUAACUUAUGGCGAUAAUAGAGCCGAAACUGCCACGAACAUUCCUUGUUGUCCGUUAGCAUUAUGGCCUUCAUGACACCCAUUAUCAAGUCAGGCUACGAUCUCUACCGGAUUAAUCCGCCGGUUAGAAUUAUUCGCAAGCGCCAGAAAAAGCCGGCCGCGGAAGCAACUCCAUCACCGACAACGAGGGCCAAUGUGAAGCGAGCCAAGCGACCAAGCGAUGUCGUGGAUCGUCAACUACGCGCCUCGUUGUCGGUGAUUCCCGAAGAAGACUGGACUGAAGAGAAGAGCGAAGACGACGUAAAUGCGGGAUCUACAGCACAGCUUACAAAGCCAAUCAAACCCACCAAAAAGCGCAAGAGCUUCCGCAAGCGAUUGCUUAGGAUUCUGCCGACAUUCAUAAGAAACUGGUUUCGAAGGAGAAAACCGGAAAAGAACUCAACGAACAAUGCCAAAUGAUUCUGUUCGUCCAGCUAUACAAAAUAAUUUGCUCAUUGUCAGGCAGUGUCAGCUGUAUACUUGUAUUGAUAUCUGCCAUCGCUUUGCUCAUAACAUACGAACACUAUAAGUCCACAUCGUCACUGAAAUGACAUCACGCAUGACA